UAUCCGGAUCCUUGAAGCGCAUGCGCACGAGUGUUUUUUGAAGGCCGUGGCUAGCAACUGUGCUAAUCUAUCGUCCUAUACUAUAGCGACUUUUUCACCACAAAUACUUUCUAUAUAAUCGAUUUUAUCCAACUGUGCGCCACUGCAUUUUGUGGUCCGAUCCACAUUCAGGAUGUCCUUCCCCCCUCAUUUAAACCGGCCGCUGUUGCCCCCUCCUGGGAUCCCUCAUCAGUAUCCUGGCUUCCCUGCAGGAGCUCCAAUGAUCCCAGUUCACAUGGGCAUCAUGGCCCCAGGGCCUGCAGUUAUGGUUCCUUCUGUCCCGGUUGUCAGUAAACCUCCUGUUCCAAAGAAAGACCUUUCUAUUAUGCGAGCAAAGGACGAUGAGAGCAGCGGGCCCACAACCACAGUGUUUGUGGGGAACAUAUCAGAGAAAGCUUCAGACAUGCUGAUCAGGCAGCUUCUAGCGAAAUGCGGUAUUGUUUUGAGUUGGAAAAGAGUUCAAGGAGCCUCUGGGAAGCUUCAAGCGUUUGGGUUCUGUGAAUACAAGGAGCCAGAGUCUACUUUGCGAGCUCUGCGGUUGCUUCAUGACCUGCAGAUUGGAGACAAAAACCUGCUGGUGAAGGUCGAUGCAAAAACAAAAGCUCAGCUGGAUGAGUGGAAGGCCAAGAAGAACACAACAAAUGGGCAAAAUAAGACGUCAGAUGACGGAGGAGCUGAUGAGGAGGAGGUCCUUGAUGAGGAGACAAAGAAGAGAGAUCAAAUGGUCAAAGAUGCCAUCGAUGGCCUGAUGCGUGAAUAUGCUGCAGAGCUUAAUGCGCCUUCUCAGGAUGAUGACGCCCAGAGACGAAAGAGAAAAAAGGAAAAGAAAGAAGAGGAUGACAUCAACACUAUUGACAUUGAGGAGGACAAGCGGGACCUGAUUUCCAGAGAGAUUAGUAAAUUUCGCGACACUCACAAGAAACUAGAAGAGGAGAAAGACAAGCGAGAGAAAGAACGGCUGGAGUUUGAGCGCGAAAGGAGGGAACGUGAAAAAGAGCGAGAGCGUGAAAGAGAACGCCGGGACCGGGAAAGAGAGAAGGAGCGUGAAAGGGAGAGGAAAAGGGAACGGGAACAAGAGCGGGAAAGAGACAGAGACAAAGAACGUGACCGCAGGACCAGAGAGAGUGAGCCACAGAGAGACUGGGAUAGAGAUCGGAGCGGCGAGCGCAGCCGAUCCAGGGAACUGAGCCGAGACAGAGAAAGGGAAAGAGGAAGGGACAAGAAGCGGGACCAAGAAGAUGAAGAGGACGCCUAUGAACGCAGGAAACUGGAACGAAAACUCAGAGAUAAGGAGGCAGCAUAUCAAGAGCGUCUAAAAAACUGGGAGCUGAGGGAACGGAAAAGGGCUCGAGAUUAUGCCAAGGAGGCAGAAAGGGACGAUGAGCGCAGACGAGAAAUGGUAAAAGAAGGCAAACGACUGAAGGAAUUUCUUGAAGACUAUGAUGAUGACAGAGAUGAUCCCAAAUAUUACAGGGGCAGUGCGCUGCAGAAGCGUCUCAGAGACAGAGAGAAGGAGAUGGAGGCGGACGAGCGUGACAGGAAGAGAGAGAAGGAGGAGCUGGAGGAGAUCCGACAGAGGCUGUUAGAAGAGGGACAUCCAGACCCAGACACAGAGCUACGAAGGAUGGAAGAAGAGGAGGAGGAGCGUCUGAGACAGCCACCCAUCAUUCAAGAGCCUCCACCUGAGGAGCAACGUGAACGCCACAGGAGUUCUAGAGACCACAGAGAACGGAGACAGGAGCCCGAGAAGACAAAACCCAUCUCCCGGCCUCAUCACUCUGACGAUGAGGUGGAGGAGGGUGAGGAGGCGGAUUAUGAUAAUGAAGAAGACAACAACCUUGAAGUAAAACCACAGGUGAAGCCAAUGAUGCGGCCAAUCACAGCCGCUCCUUCAGUAUCGUCUGCAAGUGGCAAUGUUUCCCCUAACACGCCUGGAGAGGAGUCGCCCUGCGGGAUCAUCAUCCCUCAUGAAAACUCCCCGCCUGACGCUCUGCCGCAGGAUGAAAAUCGCCCUAAGAUCGGCCUCAGCCUGAAACUGGUUGCUACUGGAAGCCCAAGCCAGCCUAACGCAGGCAAGAGGAAGAAGCUUCCAGUGGACAGCGUUUUCAAAAAGCUCGAUGAAGAGGAGGCAGACGAACAGCCACGCAAGAGGAAGUUGGUGCCCCUGGAUUACGACGAUGACAAGAGCCUUGGUGUGGAUGGUGCAGGACUCUCUAGCAUAAAAGGAGCCAACACUGAAGAGAAACGCAAACACAUCAAGAGCCUGAUAGAAAAGAUUCCAACCGCAAAACCAGAGCUGUUCUCCUACCCUCUGGACUGGACAAUGGUGGACUCGACGUUAAUGGAACGACGUGUUAGACCCUGGAUCAAUAAAAAAAUCAUUGAGUACAUCGGUGAGGAAGAGCCGACAUUAGUCGACUUUGUGUGCUCCAAGGUGAUGGCUCACAGUAUGCCCCAAAGUAUCUUGGAUGAUGUUGCCAUGGUACUCGAUGAAGAAGCAGAGGUCUUCAUUGUAAAGAUGUGGCGGUUGCUCAUCUAUGAAACCGAGGCAAAGAAAAUUGGACUGGUGAAAUAAGCAAAACACGGAAAUAAAGAAGCCCCUCCGCCAAAGUGUUUAUACAAGUGUCGUAAAAUUACAUCAUCCUGAACAGACUGUACCGUUGACAGCAGAUGCAUUUUUUUUAUGUAACACACUCAGGCUCCAUGCACUUCCCCUCUGGUUGCAGGUGGUGACUGCAUACAUCUUGCUUCUGUAAAUAUGCGUCAUUAAAAUAAGGAAGGAUUCCUGUUUAGACAUCUAGAAUUAUAGUUUCCAUCAGACCCAUGCUUUUAUUUCUAUACCUGCAGUAAUUGCAGUUGGUCAA